AUGGGCGCAGAACCGGACACGCAGCGCGAAUCGACGCUGGACGAAUCGGUCCAAGUGGCCGAUGCGUACGACGACGACGAGGAGUCGCAGUACGCAUCGGUCAGCAAGCAGACGAUCGAAGCCAGUGCGCGCUACACGACCGUGCGACAACUCUUCACGUCCCCCGCCGACUACGACCCGGCGCGCGAGACGCACUACGUGCUGGUGGUGCACGGCACGUUCGACUCGCCGCCCGCCGCGGGGAAUCCGCCGCCGUGGUACUUCCUGGACGCGAAGCGCGCCGACAACUUCUGCCACCUCAUCGCCAAGGACCUCAAGGGCACGCCGCUCGGCUUCGACGCCGUCUGGCGCCAACUGCCCGACUCGCACGCGGGCAUGCGGCUGCGCGAGGACGUGCCGUACCCUUUCCACUGGUCGGGGCACAACACGCACGAGGCGCGCGUCGGUGGUGAGCGCGCCUGGGGGGGAAGAUGGGUGAGCGCGCCUGGGGGGGAAGAUGGGUACAGUGAGCAGCAAGGGGCAAGGAUGAUGGGAACGGCACGGCCAAAGGCAGCACGCCAUGCUUGCUCGUCCUCGUGCAAACCAUCUCUCUUAUCCGCCAAUGCCGCCACUCAUUACCCCCCCGAACCCAUCUAUUCCACCACGGGCCCCCCUCCUUUCCCCCUCCCUGGCGCAGCGGGCAAAGCGUUGGCGCAGCUGAUCCACGCGGUGGGGCGCGCGGACCCGUCGGCGCGCGUGCACGUGGUGGCGCACAGCCACGGGGGCAACGUGGCGCUCAAGGCCGUGUCCAAGUACCUCUCCAUGCUGCGCCGCGACUCCCGCGACCCUGCGCGCGCCUCCCACGACCAGAUCACCGCCGCCUUCUGGGAGGCGCACGCUGAAGGGUACCGAAGCAUAAAGGAGCACCAGCAGGUGAAAGUGGGCGCGGUCUGGAUGCUGGCGUUCGCGCCGUUCCUGGUGGUGAAGCGGCCAUGGCGGGGCGACGAGGCGCUAGGCGCCUUCCCCUACGCCUACUUCCGACGCGUUGACUCGCUUCUCGGCCUUCCCAAGCGAGUGCCGCCCCCUGAACCCCUCCUUCUCCGCUCCCCCUCACUCCUGUCCUUCAAGGCCGCCCGCCUCCUCCACUCGCUCCCCACCUCCCUCCACUCUCUGCUCCUCUUUCCCUCUUCUCACCCUCUUCGUCACUCCCUUUGUCUCUCCCACAUAUCUCCUCCACCCACCGGCCAUAACCCCGCAACCCUGUACCCCUUCCCUUGUCCGUCCCCCACUCCCUCCCCCCAGGGUGCGGCAGGCCAAGCCGCGCGCACCAUGGCGGGCACCAUCCUCGCCCUCUCCGUGCUGGUGUUUGUGGUCAUCGUGGGCGCCGUGGUGUCCGUCAAGUACGCCAUCUUCCACGAGGUCAACACCGCUGACCUCACCGGCGGCGAGCUCACAUUCUGGGUAACAGUGGCACUGGUGUCAGUGGCGGUGGUGGUGUACAACACGUUGAGCAGCAAGCGGUACAGCGACGGCAACGUGUAUUUCACGGAGAAGAAGGCGUGGAGCCCAGCCAUGAGCGCGCUCGUGCUCAACGCAGGGAAGCUCGACGAGGCCGCCCUCGCACUCUCCACGGAGCCCCUCGUGCGCGCAUACCUCAUGCCGCAGGUCAAGACCAUGCUGACGCCCGACCCAUGGCGCAUGCUGCGCCCCUUCCCCGCCAAGACAUGGCUGGUGUCGCUGGCCAACCUGUACAACAACUGCUGGGUGGCGCUGUGGACGGUGGUGCUGGCGGUGCCGUACAUGAUCCUGUGGCUGCUCAACUUCCUCCUCGUGCCCUACUUCUGCAACCAGCUGCUGCGCCUCUUCAUCACCCUCGGCUUCGGCCUGCAGAAGAACGAGUUGGACUGUGCGCAGGUGUACGUGGAGGAGUGGCUGCGGCUGCCCCCAGCGACGCACAGCAUAGCGCAUUGGAACGUGCAGAAGAUCCUCACCGCCGCCACGCUCGACCAGCUCAAAGACCUCCGCAAGCGAUCGGUGAUACCAGGGGAGGCAGCGGCAACGGAGGAGGCGUUGAUGGAGGCGCACACGCAGCUCGUGGACCCCCACGCCAUCGCGCAGCGCUGGCGCUUCCUCUGGGAUGACGCGGAGUUGGAGAGGAAGGCGGAGGAGUCGACGACACUGGCGCUGCUAAAGAACCAAGUCGAUAAGAUGGCACACAACCCCCGCAUCUCCAGAGUGGCAUUCGAGCGGGAGUUGAAGGUGGUGUGUGUGACAUUGGAGGAGCGGUACAAGGACAUGACAGGCAACGUGGAGCUGUCGCACGGUAGCUACUUCCGCAACCACGUCGUCAUCGCCGUCAUCGCGCACUUCCUGGCCCACGGAGAGGUGCCCUCUUGGGCGCCGCAGCUGGGGGAGAUGACCCCGCCCGCUCAGAAGCCCGCCAAGAAGGGCCCCAUGUCGCGCCUCUUCAGCCGCCGCAUCACACCCACCCCUGACGAGCUCAACAGCACCCCCUCGCAAUAA